AUGGCUCGGUCAAACAAGCAGAACCGUUACCGGACCCGCAAAGACGCCGGUGAUCAAACCAGGUCUCAACCGGGUACGCCACGGCCACGGGGACCACGACCACUAGGUCGAGGCGCCGGGUGUGACCGGGACACCGAGAACAUCGCCGAGCACCUAAAACAUCAGAUACAUCAUCGCAACGGUGGAGGAGGGGGAAGAGACGGCGGCGGCGCUGGGAGGAAAGACAAGCGCGGCUCCCUCCAACAGGGCAGCAGGAAGUUGCGUGGAGAAAAUAAGAGCGCGGCGUCUCACAAGUGCGGGAAUUGCGGCGAAUGUCGGCGAGGCAAGAAUAGAUGCCCUUCGAGGAAGGCCGCGACAGGAGCUGUCGAGAGUGAGGACGCCAUCACCUUUUCAGAUGGCGUGGUGUGCACCAGACAGCCGCCAGCGCCUUGCACAAACUGCGAGGCUUUGCACCUGCACAACCAGCAGCUGUACGAGUCCAUCACCGACGCCAUGGUCGAGUGGACAAAGGAGGUUGGGGUCGAUAUCGACGGAGACCGGCACACGACGGCUAGCGUGGACACCGAGGAGAUGGAGUGGCAGCGGGAGCACGUCUUCAUCAUCCCCGCCGACCACCGCAAAGUGACCGACAAUGAGCUGUUGGGUCUCGAGAAUGCCCGGCUGGGCAGGCUUUUGACCAAGCAGUCCAAUGGUCGGUUCGGCAAGGAAUGA